AUGAUAGCCGCAUCCAUCAACAGCAACAGCAAUUUACCACCUCAACUAAGACAUUUGCAUCAUGCUGCUGCAGCAGCAGCCGCCGCCGCAGCUGCUGCCGCCUCCUCGGACAGUGAUCGUCAUUCUUCAUCGGAACAUCUCACUGAACGUUCAGAAGAUUUGGAUGAACGUCGUUCGGUGGAUCGUGAUAGUAAUCGGCCACCUUCAUCGCAUGCUGCCGAGAAUAGUUUGGCUGUUGCUGCCGCCGCUGCAGCAGCCGCAGCUGCCAAUGGCGGCAAGGGUCAAUGGAAUUAUCCCGGUAUUGAUUUAAUGGCUACCGGAGCAUUUUGGCAGAAUUAUUCGGAAUCUCUGGCCCAAGAGAUUGAAUUGGAACGUAAGACACGUUCCGCCGGCGCUGAUCGUGAUGUAAAGAGCCCACUGGCUGAACGGCAAGCUGCUGCUGCAUAUUAUAAAAAUUCGGUAUUAUUUGGUGGAGCAAAUUAAGGU